AUGGUGAACAUCCAUAAAGGAGGUUCUACUCUUUUGACCUUGCCCAAAAUCCCUCUCACUAUUCCUCUAGUCCCACCGCCGACAGCGAUAUCCGAGAAUCUCGCAGUUGCCGCUCAAGAGAAAGAUACCACGCCAGUUCAACAGGCAAGGAACACUGGAGGCGAACCGGUUGUUAUUGAGCCUCGAGAAGAACUGGAUGCCCCUGCAGCAGUGGCGGAAACAACUAAGAGUGAACCUGACCUCAAGAUUUGUGGAGACAAAACGGUUACCAUUGCACAAGAGACAGACACAGCUAAGAUCGAACUGCUUGUCGACCCUCCCCAGAGAAUUCCAUCGUUGGAAAACUUACCACCUGAGCUCCGACUUUACCUGCUCUCGAUGAUAGAGCUUGAUUGCCUUCAAUCUUUGAUCCAUGCCUCUCCCGUCUACUAUCAACAAUACAAACAGGACCGCGAGCGGCUGCUCUGUCGAAGCUUGGAGUCAACUCUUGGCAGUGUGACUAUUGAUGCCUACACAGUUAACCAGUCGAAUACGGUGGAGUUUUCGAAACAACGCACCGCAGAGAAAAUUGAUCAAUUGCUCCAGUCUUACCGUGAGCUAAGGUCUCAGCCGCCAUCUGCGCCUCUCAACAAAAUGCUUGACACCGAAGGAAUUAUGUCUAUGAUCAAGUUCCAUUGCAAGACUGUCCAACCAUUGGUGCGAAACUUCACAACUCAAGCAUUGAACAGCCUGGCCGAGAAGACCAAACACCCCCGAAGCCACAACAACCUGACACGGACAGAAGAAGUACGAUUGAUGCGUGCCUUUUAUCGAUACCAACUAUGUUGCAAUCUCUAUGGCCUUGGACGGAGCUACAUCCUUGGCUUUGAGGAGGCAUUCUGCUUUGAUGAGGCUUUUCACUUUAACGCAGACUAUUCGACUUCCGAUUGCCUUCUCAGGGAUUUCUUAUGCAUCUUUGAUCCUUGGGAGGCCGAAGAGAUAGCUUGCGUUAGUAGAUUUUGUCAAGAGAAAUAUGAAGGCUUCUUCGACGAGAUCCAAUGGGAUUUGGACGAGCAGAACCCCAAGUUUGAUGGUCAGCGUCCGCCCACUCCCCCUGGCGCAUUUAGUCUUCAACAUUGCGUGGACAGAGAGAGUUAUCUAAAAUCACUGACAUCCCGUGGCCUCGAACUGCUACAUUUCUUUGUUUUCAAAAUUGAAGACCAUGAGCACCUUGUGUCUACAAUGCAAAAGUGUAUCACCAGGUGUCUGGGUGAUUUCUUGCAAGGCUUCGGAUCUCCGUUCCGGGAAUCCCCACAAUGGGAUCGACACUGCGACCAGCCUGGGGAUCGCGAUCACAAACAAGGACGACACGAGCCGUUCACAUUCCAAGGAGACAAACAACCGAAUGGAUGCCACGUGUUUCCACCCCUGGCCUGGACAUUGGUCUUCGGUGGGACCUACAGCAACAUCUUUGGGGAGUACAUCCCAGACAAAUUCCAAAAAUGGGGAUGGGUCAUGUGGGAUGCAGCCCGUUUGGAGCGCAUGGGUGCUAAGGAUGUGCUGGUGGAUCAAUGGGAGCUCUGGGGAGACCGCAGAGAGGAAUAUUGGGACCUCGAUUAG